UGCAGCAUCGUGGGCUACCAGGGCGAUGUCGUGUAUGACCAGUACAUCCGCCCUGCCGCCCCCAUCGUGGACUACCGCACCCGCUGGAGCGGCAUUCGGUGGCAGCACAUGGUGAACGCCGUCCCCUUCAGCAAGGCCCAGAGAGAGAUUCUGCACAUUCUCUCCGGGAAGAUCGUGGUUGGCCACGCCAUCUACAACGACUUCAAGGCACUCAAGUACUUCCACCCCAAGAACAUCUCUGUCUCCCUGAAACGCCUCACCAAGGAGCUGCUGCACAAGGACAUCCAGGUCGGAAAGAGCGGCCACUCCUCGGUGGAGGAUGCCCGAGCCACCAUGGAGCUCUACAAGGUGGUGGAGGCAGAGUGGGAGCAACACCUGAUGCUGAACCCUGAGCAGGAGUGA